UGUCUCUUAUCUUCCAGAUGACAUCAUGCAGCAGGAGAGUGAUCGUCUGUUUGCUGCAGACAUCGAUCCUGACCUCAGGAAACGGUUUGCUUUCCUCUCAGGGGGUCGAGCUGAGAACGGCAGUCCCAUCAUCGUGUUCCCAGAAUUCCCUGCUUUUGACGAGCUCCAGGAGGAAGAGUUCCACAACGUGCUGACCUACCUGACCAGUGUGCCCAGUGUGACAGCGUCUGGAGUGGGCUUCAUCCUGGUCAUCGACCGCCGCCAGGACAGAUGGACCGCCGUCAAGGGGACCCUGCUACGCAUUGCAGGCUCAUUCCCAGUGCAUUUACAGCUGGUUCUGGUCUUGCGGCCCUCCACCUUAUUCCAGCGGACGCUCUCCGACAUCUUCUUCAAGUUCAACAGGGAUGAGUUCAAGAUGAAGGUGCCGGUGGUGAUGCUGAGCUCUGUGACUGAGCUCCAUGCCUACAUCGACCGGACUCAGCUGCCCCAGGAGCUGGGAGGAACCCAGGAUUACUGCCAUGAUACCUGGAUCUCACACCGCACCGCUAUCGAGGCCUUUGCUCUGAUGGUGAAGACCACGGCUCAGACCCUGCAGUCGUUUGGGACGGAGCUGGCCGAGACCGAGCUACCCAACGACGCCCAGGCCACGUCCAACCUGCUGGCCACACACACCGAGAAGAAGGGACAGAUGAAGGAGGACCUGUGUGUGGCCCUGGGCCAGGGGGGCCGGCUCCUGGAGAGCAUCAACGAGCCCCUGCAGAGAGAACCCGACUAUACAAUGAACCAGGACGAGCUGGAAAACCUGGCCACCGUGCAGAGACUGCUGGGCCAGCUGGAUGAGACAGAGACAGCGUUUGAUGAUUUCUGGGAGAGACACCAGACCAAGCUGGAACAGUGUCUGCAGCUCCGCCAUUUUGAAUACUACUUCCGUGAGGUGCGUGCCCAGCUGGAUGUGGUGUCAGAGCGGGUAGAGGCGUUCUCGGAGGUUGGCAUCAGUCCCGCCCAUGCAGAACACAUCCUACGAGAACUCAACAGCCAGGAGGAGAAAGCCUGCGAUGUGUUGGACUGGGCUCUGUCCCUGGCCGCUGAGGGGGAUGGGCUGAUUGAGAGUGCUCACUAUGCUGAGGACUCCAUCCUGCCUAAGUGCAGUGAGCUGAGGGCCGUGUGUGAUGAGGUCACCUCCUUCCUCAAGACAAAGAAGGUCCUCCUCCUGAGGGCCAUGGAGCUGCACCACUGUCUGGAGAAGGCAUCGAGGUGGUGUGAGGAAGGGAUCUACCUCCUUGCCUCCCAGCCUGUAGAUAGAUGUCAGUCUCAGGACGGGGCGGAGGCCGCACUGCAGGAGCUGGAGAAGUACCUGGACACGGCCGCCCAACACCAGAUCACCGACCUCAACGCCAUCUGGAGGGACUAUGACUCCAUCCUCAAUCCAGAGCUCAGGGAGCAGGUAGAGAAGGUGUUUCAAAAGCAGGUGUCCAUGCAGGAGAUGUUUGAGAAGAGGAGGGUCAGUCUGAAGAAGCUGGCAGCCAAACAGACACGGCCCGUCCAACCAGUGGCUCCCAGGCCUGAAGCCAUCAUCAAGUUCCCCAUGUCCCCUCCUGCUCACAGGAGUCAAGAGACGAGGAAUGCAGAGGACAACAUCUUGAACGUAGAACACUGCAGAAUAGUGGAGGUCCAGGUGCAGAACGGCGGCAGCAGACACGGCUCUCUGUCUGAGGAGGAGGAGAACCUGGCUGUGCUCCGACGACAUGUAAUGAACGAGCUGUUGGAGACUGAGAGGGCGUAUGUAGAGGAGCUACUCUGUGUACUGCAGGGUUAUGCUGCAGAGAUGGACAACCCAGCCAUGGCUCACCUCCUCCCCAGUGCGCUGCUCAACAGGAAGGAUGUCCUGUUUGGCAACAUGCCAGAGAUCUACCAGUUCCACAAGAGGACAUUCCUCAGGGAGCUGGAGACCUACACAGACGUCCCUGAGCUGGUGGGACGCUGUUUCCUGGAGAGAAUGGGCGACCUGCAGAUCUAUGAGAAGUACUGUCAGAACAAACCUCGCUCCGAGAGCUUGUGGAGACAGUGCUCCGACUGCGCCUUCUUCCAGGAGUGCCAGAGAAAGUUGGAACACAAACUGGGGUUGGACUCGUACCUCCUCAAGCCAGUCCAGAGGAUAACCAAAUACCAGCUGAUACUGAAGGAGUUACUGAAGUACAGUAAGGGCUGUGAGGGUUCAGAGGACCUGCAGGAGGCGCUGUCCUCCAUCCUGGGGAUCCUGAAGGCCGUCAACGACUCCAUGCACCUCAUCGCCAUCACAGGAUAUGAGGGGAGCCUGACGGAGUUGGGCAGGCUGCUGAUGCAGGGGUCCUUCAGCGUGUGGACGGAACACAAGAAAGGUCACGCUAAGGUCAAGGACCUGGCCCGCUUCAAGCCCAUGCAGAGACACCUGUUCCUGCAUGAAAAAGCCCUGCUCUUCUGUAAGAGACGGGAGGAGAAUGGGGAAGGUUACGAGAAAGCCCCGUCCUACAGCUUUAAACACUCCCUCAACAUGAGUGCGGUGGGCAUCACAGAGAGCGCCAAGGGUGACAACAAGAAGUUUGAGAUCUGGUGUAAUUCCAGAGAGGAGGUGUUUAUCGUCCAGGCUGCGACACCUGAGAUCAAAACAUCUUGGUUGAACGAGAUCAGGAAGGUUCUGACUGGCCAGCUGAAGGCUUGCAGGGAAUCUAGUCAAAAGAAGGCGUCAGACACAAUGUCUCCCAGUCCAACCAGCAACAGCCCACCUAUCUGUCUCAGUCCAUUUAGGAACUGUCAGAAGAGCGUGAAGAAGGGAGAAGAGAAGAAGACAGAUGCUGUCAACUCUGACCCCAACUCCCCCUCCUCCCCAAAACACAAAGAGGAGACCGUCACCAGUCCCACCACUGACAGGGCAUCAGUGGCUAAAAAGCGUUUUACCCUUCAAGGCUUCAGCAAUCUGAAGAGUCAGAAAGGAUCCCCCCUUAGCCCUGACCAUAAGGCCAAAAGCCACGAGAUUAAGAGUGACCCAACUCCCUUUGGGUGUAGAGGUUGGAACAAGGCCUCUUUCUCAAUGGACGUGCCAGAAGUGCAUGAUGGGUACUCCAGCGCCGAGGACCCCAUGAACUCUGACCCUGAGGAUGAGGGAGGCAGGAAGCUGGCUGUCGGCGACAGGUUCACAGUGGUGGCGGACUAUGAGAAGGAGAAAGGAGGGCCUCAGGACCUGUCAGUAAAGAGUGGAGACAUGGUGCAGCUCAUUAAAGAGGGAGAUGACGGACAGUGGUUUGUUAGAAACUUGGGGAGCAACAAAGAUGGCUGGGUAGCAGCAGCCAACCUUCUCACCCUCAUCACAGAGUCCAAGUCCUCGCAGUCCCUCUGCAGCUCAGAGGGCAGUGUAACUGGCAACCUCAACACCUCCUCCAGCUGCAGUGAAACCUACACAAGUUUCUCUGACAUCAAGCCCUAAAGUCCCGCCUCCUCUAAGCCCUGAGACACAGCUACAGCGCCACCCAAUGGUUGGCUGUUCAAAUGACACGUGCACUUUUCCCCUCUACUACUGUUCAAAUCAAAUCAAAUACAACUGGUGUAGCCUUUACAGUGAAAUGCUUGCACACGUUAGUUUACAUUACAGUCCAUAGAUACUUCACUCUCAUACUGAAGUGGAGGCUGCCUGGAAUGUAGCCGAAAGCAGUCUAAUAGCUGCUUAUCUGUCAAUGUGAAGGGAAGGUAAUGAAGGACUGCUUUCCUCUGGACAUACUCUACUCUCAGGGAUAAGAGGUAGUGUCCUAGUCUUUUACUGUGAUUGAGGGCUAGCACACAUUGAGAACAGGAAGUUUAGGCCUUUCCCCUACCUGUUUGACAGAGAUGAACAAGGAAGGACACACCCGCUCCAUUCACACACACAGGCAGGCUUUGUUAGACUAGCGCGGUCCCGCUCCUCCCACUCCAACAAGGUGACAGUGAUAUGGAGCCAGGAGCUCCUCUACUGAACUCAACACUUCAACAGACAAACAAACAGACGCCUCAGUCUCUCUCCUGUGGACUCUGGUAACCAGUUGUGUCAUAAUGUUUCUAUGUGUCAGGCAGUCAACCUCCUCAGUAUGUCCUCAGUCCUCUCCUGAGUGACUUUAAAAAUACAUUAUGGAUUUAUAUUCCAUAUGUUUCUUCUGGAUCCCUCAAGACAAAACUAAACUGUAAAAGUGUCGAGACAAUCACAAAUUAGAAUGGAAUUGUCAUUAAAUACUUUUUGAGUUUGGUCAACUGUGUAUAUCUAUGGGCUUUGUCCAGAGGCCCUCCAGUACAUUUCCAGUCCCUCUCCCUCCCUGUUUCUCCUUCCUCCACCUGUGCUGUCUGAGCUAUUAGUGAACUCUUGGCUUUGUUCCCAGUGAUCUGAGAGAGCUGGGCUUUAAACUACCAGGUGUUCCUUUAGGCAGGGGCGAUAUUACAGGACGGUCAGAUAUCAUAGAUACUUCAACAAUAACAGUGCUCAGGAUGUUCUUCUGAAUCAUUUUCUCUUGGCUCAAAGUCCAAUCCUAUACACUACACAGAAAUCCCCUGAAGAUUGAGAUUCCCGUAAAGAGAUUCAUGUCAGGUCGAUUGAUGUUGAAAUAACUGUGUACUGUACCAGAGACUAUAAACUUAAAAGGAAUUAUUUGUAUGUGUUAAUCAAUGUGUAUAAGUUCAUUUAUUUGAGAAAGAUGUGUACAGAUAUAAUUAUCCUAUACCUUGUAUUUUUCAUUGAAUAUGUGUAUGUUGUGUAUGAAGACCAUGGAUAUGUUUUCGUGGGCCUAAGUAUAUCAAAGAUAUUUUAUUAAUUGGUUGGCAGGGCAUGUUUCCAUUGUAAUUUCUUAAAACUCCUGAGAUGACAUAUAUUAAUAGAAAUAUAAUUUUCCUCAUUUGAGAAUGCAGUCUGUACACUGAAAACCGAAGAUGGACUAUACCGUCCUGUGCUGAAAGUUCAACUCGGAAUGAUGGUUGUCUCAAAUUUCAACACGCACAAUAAAAGGUUUUAAACUGUUCUGGUUAUAACCGUUUUAGUUAUAACUGUUUUUAUAACUUAUUGUUCUACUGUAUAUCUUUUUCGAGUUGCACCCAGUGAGAUUACAAUGUUGUUCCUGUGUGUCACAUUGUUAUGCAGCACAUUGCCGCAUUAUUUUGUUCUUUAUUUUCCUACGGUAACAAUUAUUGAUACAGAUGUUAUAUAAUUAAUGAUAUGCAUUCAUAUCUGUGUAUAUGUGUAAAUAUGUAUCUCUGAUGUGUAUUAUUAAAGCCGCUGAAUAAAGACAAACAUUCUUUGCUUUAA